AUGUCAAUUAAUUCUGUUCCUGCAAAACCGAUUAGGGUUCUUAAAAACCCUAAUUCUGAACCUAAUUCUGAAUUUUCUUUUUCACCUUCUGAGAACUUGAAUGAAACACCCUUUGGCUAUGUUGGUGUUAAUGUUAAUGAUAAGGAGGUCAAUGGUGCUUCUUAUGGGUCGAAACAACAGUCACUUUCAGCUGAAGAAUUCAAUCGCCGUUUCAACUUCGAUCUUGAGAAUUUUGAGAAACAAACUUCUGUUAUUGUUGAAAAGGUAUCAAAUUCUGCUCCUACAAGUAGUGAUGCUAGUAAGAAAGUUAGUUUUAGAUUUAUUCCUGUUACCUCUGAAAUUGAAGGAGUUGAUAUUGUAAUUCCUAUUGAUUCUGUUAAGGAGGUCACCAAUAGGUUUUCGAAUUCUUUGUAUGGAUACUUCUUGGGUGACAGAUUAGCUUUUCCAGUUGUUGAAAACUAUGUCAAGAAUACGUGGGCCAAAUUUGGUUUAAAGCGUCUAAUGAUGAACGAUGCGGGUUUUUUCUUCUUUCAAUUUAGCUCUAAGCAAGGAAUGGAACAGGUUCUGGAGAAGGCUCCAUGGAUGAUUAGGUCUACACCACUCUUAUUAAAUGUAUGGACUCCUAAUACAUAUUUGUCAAAGCAGGAAAUCUCUUCCAUCCUUGUUUGGGUUGAUUUAUAUGAUGUGCCACUGGUUGCUUUUACGGAGGAUGGACUUAGCAUGAUUGCUUCAAAACUUGGAAAACCAAAGAUGUUGGAUUCUUACACUAGUCAAAUGUGUGUAGCAUCUUGGGGUAGACAUAGUUUUGCUAGAGCCCUCAUUGAAAUUGAUGCAAAAGAUGAAAUGAAACAUGAACUUACUGUUGCUAUCCCUAAUUUGUCAGGUGAGGGUUUUACAAAACAUGUAGUUACUGUUGAGUAUGAAUGGCAGCCCCCUCAUUGUUCUUACUGUACAAUUUUUGGACAUGACACUAAAUUAUGUCCCCUUGCGGUUAACACGAAGAAGGAGGUUCCAAAAGGGCAAGGCAAAGAUGAGGACGAUGGUUUUAUUAUUGUGAAACGCAAAAGGUUGAAAGGCAAGAAUGAUCAAAAAAAGAUUUGGCCGGCUGAUGGAUUUCGUAUGAAUAAACCAAAACAAAAGAUUGUGUAUCGUGAAAAACAAACAGAGGGGACUUCAAAUCAGGGAAACAAUGGGAAACAAAAAGACGUUGUCAAGGAAAAGAAUGAAGGGACACAUGAUGGUAAGAUAGGUUCGAAUAUAGCGUCUACUUCUCAUAGUAAAGGCACUGUUAAUAUCAGUAAUCAAUAUAGUUCCUUGGCUGAUUUGGAUGAAACUGAAGGUGAGCUCAAAAAGACGAAUGACACUGGAUUUGGCAUGGAUUCGGAUGAUGAUGAAGUCGUUUUUGAUGAAACAACUUCCAACAUGGUUGAUUCUUUAAUGUCUAAGGGGGCAAGCACUCCCGGUAAGGAGGUUUCCAAUGAGUUCCACCUAUCGUAUAGUAAUCUUUCUUCUGUGAGUUCUAAAGUGUUUUCUAAUUGGAGUUGGAUCUCGAACUGUAAUCUGUGUAACAAAGGUACUCGUAUUCUUGUUGGCUGGGAUCUGGGUACUGUGGAUGUGAUGGUUUUGUCUCAAGCUGAUCAAGUUAUCCAUACCCAGAUUCGCCUCAAAGAUGAAAAUAAGAUGUUCAUGGCUUCAUUUGUAUAUGCUCAUAACCACUAUAUUGAUCGUCGUGCUUUAUGGAAUAGCCUUUCUCGGCAUAAACUCUUUGUUUCGGGUAAAGCUUGGUGUAUUCUGGGUGACUUUAAUGCUACCCUUAGUACAUGUGAUACUGCUGUUGGAGCCUCGGGUAUGAAUAUCUCUACGUGGGAAUUUCGUGAUUGUGUUGAAAAUCUUGGUCUUGUGGAUGUUAAUAGAUUGGGGCUGAAUUUUACAUGGAAUCAAAAUCCUCGUGGCUCUAAUGGUGUACUAAGGAAGAUAGAUAGAAUUAUUGCUGACUUUGUUUUUCAGCAAGAUUUUGUUGGUGCUACGGCUAUAUUUAAACCUUAUCUUACCUCUGAUCAUACUCCUGCGAUCCUCAAGCUUCCCACAAAAACCAAGUUCAAACCCAAACCAUUUAGAUUUGCUAAUCUGCUUGUUUUUGAUAAGAAGUUUCAGGAAGUGGUACAACAAGGAUGGAAUGAAUAUAUUGAAGGCUUUAAAAUGUAUAUUGUGGUACAAAAGCUGAAGCUGUUAAAAAAGCCACUUUGGAAAAUGCUUGUGGAUAAAGGUAACCUCCAUACAAAUGUUAUAAAGCUACGCACUGAGCUUGAGGCUGUACAAGUAGCUCUUGAUAACGAUCCACACAAUGCUAAUCUUCGAGAGUACUGUGGUUCCUUUGGAAAUUCAUGGACUUAUUUCGAAGACCAUCACUGCCCAACAGGCGACGUCAUGAUUUCUGAAGUUACAGAUGAAGAAGUGAAACAGGUUGUUUUCUCUAUGGGUGAUGAUAAAUCACCAGGUCCUGAUGGUUCAACUGCUGCAUUCUUUAAGAGUGCUUGGGGUAUCAUUGGCAAGGAUAUCACUGUGGCGGUUCAAGAUUUCUUUCUUUCUAAGAAACUUCUUAAAGAACUCAAUCACACAAAGAUUGCACUUGUUCCUAAGGUUUCGGCUCCUUCUACAGUCACUGAAUUUCGGCCUAUCUCUCUUUGUAAUAUUUUGUUCAAGUGCAUUAGCAAAAUUAUUGCAAACAGAAUCAAAGACUCUCUUUCGGGCCUUGUUAGUAUAAACCAGUCUGCAUUCAUUCCUGGUAGAACAAUAUCUGAUAACAUUCUUCUUACCCAAGAUAUUAUGCACAAUUACCAUCUUAACAGGGGACCUCCGAGAUGUGCUUUCAAAGUUGAUAUUCAGAAAGCGUAUGAUACGGUUGAUUGGGGAUUCCUCAAUAACAUUCUUAUUGCUUUUGGUUUCCCUCAACGGAUGAUUGAUUGGAUUAUGCUUUGUGUCUCUUCAGCUUCUUAUUCGUUGAGUAUUAAUGGUUUUGUGCAUGGCUAUUUUAGAGGUAAACGUGGGUCAGAUGACUUGUUUAUCUUUAUGCGUGGUGAUGUGGAUUCUGCACAGGUUAUUAUAGCUUCUAUUGAUGAAUUUAAAGCUGUGUCUGGUCUUGCUCCUAGUUUACCUAAGAGCACUGCUUACUUUUGUAAUGUUCGUGAUUCAAUUAAGAGGGCUAUUUUGGAGGUGCUCCCUUUUGAAGAAGGAAGACUCCCUGUGAAAUACCUGGGAGUUCCCCUGGUGUCAUCUAGGCUAGUUUUUCAAGACUGUAAACUGUUGGUGGAACAGGGUGAGAUGCAGAAAGGAAAAGCUAAAGUUUCUUAG